CAAAUCAGAAAAUGAGUUCGAUUUAAAUAGUUUGUGAAUUCUAUAUAGCUAUAAGUUGCAGAAAGAGAGAAAGUAAAAUAUGAGAGUCAAAUUUCUUCGUUUAUUAUUGGCACUUUAUAUUCCAGUAACUGUGAUUAUUAUUAUCUUCUUUAAAUACGAUACAAACAAAACUUUUGAAAGGGUUUUUAGAAUAACAACAAAAUCAAAUGUUGAUGAGUUUUCGAAUCAAACAUUAAUGCCAAAAAUGAAUCAAUCUCAUAAGUUGUAUUAUUUUAAGAAAAAAGAUCUCUUCACAAGUGUUGAUAUCACGCAAUUAGCUCUCCUACCAAAAGAGGAUCCUAUAAGCGAUCGUCUUGCCAAUCAGCUGAUGUACAUGCCUCCAAAUUAUGAAAAAUAUUCAAGAAAUUUGACAAUUGAUAAUUAUAAGAAAAUUUAUUUGGAUAAUGGACCUGAUGCAUUUUAUGAUGUUAAGUAUGGUACGACUAACUUCAAAGAUUGUCCCGUUUAUACCUGUAACAUUAUCAAAAAAAUUGCUGAUGCUCAUUUAGUCGUUUACAAACAUCGAGAUCCCCAAAAGAAAGUCAAUCCAGAUCAAAUUCACAUGGUUUACAUUUUAGAAAGUCCUUAUCAUUACGGAAAUCUUAAUGGUCCCUUUGAUUGGACUUCAACAUAUCGACGUGAUAGUGACAUUGUCGCUCCAUACGGUCAAUGGGAGUAUUACGAUCGACGUGUAACGCAACUUCCUCAACGAGAAAAUUAUGCUUCGGGCAAGACGAAAAAAGUUGCGUGGUUUGUUUCGAAUUGUCACGCGCAAAACAAUCGACUUGAGUAUGCCAAAGAAUUAAAUAAAACCAUUUCCGUUGAUAUUUAUGGAGCUUGCGGCACCGAAGACUUGGAUUGUCCUCGAAACGAAGAAGAAAAGUGUCUGCAAAUGUUGGAAAAAGAUUACAAAUUCUACUUGGCUUUUGAAAAUUCAAAUUGUCGUGACUAUGUAACGGAAAAAGUCUUUCUCAAUUCGUUACAGCGAAACAUUUUGCCGAUCGUGAUGGGUGCAAAUGCCGAAGAUUAUCAGAAAAUGUUGCCCGACAAAUCUUUCAUUCACGUGGAUGACUUCGAAACAGCGGCACAUUUGGGAGCUUAUCUGAAUUUGUUGGAUCAGGAUGACGCACUUUACAAUUCGUAUUUCAAAUGGAAAGGAACUGGAGAGUUCAUUGCAGCUGAUUAUUGGUGUCGCGUGUGUGCAAUGAUUCACAUUCCAAACAAAGAUAAGAGUAAAUAUAGUUUAAGCGACGUUAGUUUUAGAGAAUGGUGGCAAGGAAAAGGAGUUUGUACGAGCAAGAGAAGAAAAUCAAAGAAAAAGGCAAAAAUUAAAUUACAAAAGUGAAAAUAUUGCAAUACAGUAUACAUCACUCGAUAUCAACAAUUCAUCGAAAAAUAAAUACCAUGAGAUUUUUUGAUGGUUUUGUGUUAGUUAGGCCUAAAAUAAUCGAAAAACCCUAAAUUUAAAAUUCUAAAAUGAGCUGAAUUGUUUCUAUAGAUUUUCAGUGAGAUCAGGUAUGUCAAAGAGGUACUUUAAUGUACCCAAAUGCACUGAAAAAUGUUUAAAAUCUCAAAAGCUCGUUCCAGAAUUUUGAAUUUAGGUUUUUUCGACUUCUUUAAGCCAAACUAACACAAAACCAUAAAAAAAUGCCAUUUAUUUUUCGAUGAAAUGCUGAUAUCGGGUGAUGUGUGUAUUGAAGUUCGUCUCAUACAAAAAAAAUGAAGAAAAUCAAAUAAAAAAAUCAAAGAAACAUUGAUUGAAAUGAGAAAUGACAAAGAAUUUUCAAGACAACAAACAGCUGUCAUAUAAUGUACAUAUUUGUUUUAUCUAAAAUAUUUACAAAUACGUCUCACCUUGACUCAAAAACUGUAAAACUUACAAAAUUUACUGCCUUUUGUAACACUUGCUAUUAAGAACUCGCUGUUAAAAGUACUUUUAGAUCCAAAAAAGA